AGAAGAAUUAAAGCAGGGCAAGUUGGCGGGUGCUCGCGACCCGCGCCGCGUGCUUUGCGUGAACCCUCGCUUCGUGUUCCUUUCGUAGCCGCUCUGCUGCUGUCAAGUCGAAGGCGUGCCCUUCCCGAGUCCUUCGCAAGCCUCCUCGAAAAGCCAACGCUGCCGCACCGCGGUCCUUCGCGUCCGCUAAAUACCACCCCCGUCGGCAGGUCAAAGAUGUCGCAGUCGCCGCACAGGAGGGCCUCGGAAACGACAUCGAAGACGUCGCGCGCCUCCAGGGCUUCCCGCGUGCUUCAAUCUGUCCGGCACAGCAUCGCCACGGAGAUGACGACCGCCAUGUCGGAGGUGACCGUGGCCCGGCGGCCCUUCCUCACCGCGGAGACGGUGGGCGAGCUCCAGGAAGAGGAACGCGGCACCUCCACCUUCUCCUGGGACGCGUCCCUGCUCGCCUCGAGCGCCUCCCUCUUCUGGGUGAUGCUGGACGUGAUGUUCAAGCUGAACCCGUCCAUCGCGACGCCCAAGCUGCUGUUCCACUUCUCGCUGGGCAUCUUCGUGGGCAGCAUGACGCUCAUGUCGGGCAUCGCCGAACCGUACGGCCCGCUGGCUGCCCAGUCGCUGCUGUUCAUGCGCAGCAUCGCCAUGACCGGCGCGCACUUCGCGCGCCUCUUCUCGCUGCGGUUCCUGACCGUCAUCGACGCGUACACCGUCAGCAGCCUGGGACCCGUGCUGUCGGUGCUGCCGGAGUGCGCCAGCCGCCGGGGGGCCACCGUGGGUCGCGUGCUGCCGCUGUGCAUGGUCGCGAUCGCCCUGGCCCUGCUCGGCUACUCGAAGCAGUUCCGCGCCCCGGAUCCCAUGUCGGUCCGUCACUUCGCGGCUGGCUGCGUGCUCACGCUCACGGCGUCGGUGCUGCGCGCCACUGUCAGCCACUUCAACGAUGCCACGUGGCACCUGCCCACCGUGGUGCAGGAGUUCCACUUCUCGUUCGUCAGCCUCAUCGCGGCCUGCGUGCUGGUCGUGUUCUUCGACAACAUGCGCACCCUGUACAUCGACCUCGACAUGGGCGCCAUGGUGUUCCUGGCGCAGGUGAGCUUCGCGUACCUCUUCGCCCUGACCAAGGCGCGUAGCCUGGAGCACCACGGCGUGGUCAACCUCUUCGUGUACGGCCUGGACGCGUGCCUCUCGCUCACCGUCUCGCACCUGGUUCUCGACGAGGUGUCGAGUCGCCAAAGCGACUGCGCCGCGCUGCUCGUGAUGACGGCCGUCAUGGUCGUCGAGGCCUGUCGGAUCGGUCAGCUGCACGUGGACUCGUGCUCCCACCACACCUGGUGGCUCGUGCUCAACUUGCCCAUAAUGUCGCCUCCGAGGCUACAGUCACCUCCGGGAACCUGAGUCACACCUUCGUUCGGCCACGCUUGCCGUCGGGCACUGCGCCCUUCGUGCGUGUAUGCGCCAUGUCCCGCCAGGCGUGUGGCCUUGUUUCCCUAUAGAGACUCGAUUUAUAAGGCGUCACGCCAUUUUGUUUCGCCUUGUUGUACUUAAUAACGACCGCGUAACAGUUUCGCGCAUAAAGAAUGCGUUUGAUUUCGGCUCUUAUGUCCGUCUUCGCAUUCUUAUUCGUUCGUGCAUUUAUCGAUGAUGUUCUUUAACGCUACGACUGUGUAUAUGCGCCGGCCUGGCAACGUCGCCUCACGUGCCACGUUCGUCUUCGUGACCACGGCGCCAUCGCCAGAUAAACCAAAGAGAUUCUUUGGCUUUGUCCUUUUAUAUAUGUAUUUUGAGCCGCACGCACUCUAAUUUCCCCCUUUGUGUUAAAUGGGAGAUCAAGUUCGCGUUUGUCUUUUAUUGAAUAUGAUUGUCUGCACCACAAAUGGCAGGCAUAUUUUGUAUACAAUGGAGACAGAUGACGCAUACC